AUGACUGUUUUAUGGAAGCGCAUGAGCUCACUAUCGGAAGACUUCUUAGCUCGCAAGGCGAAACUUACCACUAUGGCCCAUGAGGUAUGGAAAAAAAGCCGGUCUGAUAAUAAAUUCUCCGAUUUCUUACCUGUAUUGAAGGAACUCGUCUUGGUUGCCCGCGAAGAAGGGGCAUAUUUGGCGGCGGAUUCUUCACACACCCCAUAUGAAGCCCUUAUGAAUGUUUACGAGCCGGGGGUGACGAUUGCUCGCCUGGACGAGAUUAUUGUGUAA